AUGAUACAGUCACCAUCCAGACACAUCCUCACACCUAACAGGAACCUGGCACACACAAUGAUACAGUCACCAUCCAGUCACAUCCUCACACCUAACAGGAACCUGGCACGCACAAUGAUGCAGUCACUAUCCAGACACAUCCUCACACCUAACAGGAACCUGGCACACACAAUGAUACAGUCACCAUCCAGACACAUCCUCACACCUAACAGGAACCUGGCACACACAAUGAUACAGUCACCAUCCAGCCACAUCCUCACACCUAACAGGAACCUGGCACACACAAUGAUACAGUCACCAUCCAGACACAUCCUCACACCUAACAGGAACCUGGCACACACAAUGAUACAGUCACCAUCCAGACACAUCCUCACACCUAACAGGAACCUGGCACACACCUUGAUACAGUCACCAUCCAGACACAUCCUCACACCUAACAGGAACCUGGCACAUACAAUGAUACAGUCACCAUCCAGACACAUCCUCACACCUAACAGGAACCUGGCAGACACAAUGAUACAUCCCUUGGUUUUACUCUAUGGUGUCCCAUUCCCAGCAGCCUCACCUCUCCAGUCAGCAGGUGGAUGA